GGGAGCCAGCAAAGAGCUGACUUGUGCAUGGGGAAGACUGAGCAGCAGAAUCGGUGUGAGAUCUGAGGGGCAUUUGGAAAGCUGGAAAACAGGAUUUGCUGGGCAAGCUGGCUGGGAACGAUAUGAGGAUGGCUUUUGGAGAAAGGCAGAUUUCCACUUUAGAGUUUACAUCAUCCGCCUUCCCGUGAAAAUAAUAUGAACCAGAAGGUGUUAGCUUUCCUUCUUGCAAAUUUUAUUUUUGGGAUAUUUCUUGUUGGGUUUUUCUGUAAGAAACAAAUAAACCUAUCAGGUGCUUUUCCUGAUGCCAGUGCAAAUUGGGUGGAAAUUCAAAAUAUUCGCAGAAAAACACUGGCUCCUGUCUGCUCAGAGAACAAGCUUCUUAAAGUAAGCCCCAAAUUGGAUUCUUCUGUUGCAAGGCAGCUCUUUGUGGAGCACAAACAUAAAUUUAUCUACUGUGAGGUGCCCAAGGUAGGCUGCUCCAACUGGAAGAGGACUAUUUUUAUUCUCCAAACAAACUUUCGUGCAGAAGCUUCUGAAAUUGAGCAUGACCACAUCCACCAAACCUCAGCGAUCAAAAAGCUGGUGUCUUACCCUCCUGCCAGACAAAAGGAAUUUCUGAAGAAUUACACCAAAGUGAUGUUCACCAGACAUCCCUUGGAACGGCUGGUUUCAGCUUACAGGGACAAACUUCUGCACUCUGAGCCACAUUACAGUACCGUUGUCGCUGAUGAGAUUAGGAAAAUGUUCAGGAAAAACAGUAAUUCUUCUGAAAAAGUGAGUUUCCAGGAGUUUGUCAAUUUUGUUAUAGCAAAACCACCAAGUACUCUUGACAUUCACUGGAAACCAAUGUUUCUGCUCUGUGAUCCUUGCAACAUUAACUAUGAUAUUCUGGGUAAGUAUGAAACCCUUGGGUUAGAUUCUGAGCAUGUUCUGAAGGUCAUUGGAGCACCAGAGAGCCUGCACUACCCCAGCUUGAAGAGGUAUAGCUCAGAGAAAAGGACUAAUGGUGAUAUCACCUUGGAGUAUCUCAGACAGUUGAACUCAGAACAAAUUGAGAAGAUCAAAAAAUUGUAUCAAAUGGAUUUUUUCUUGUUCAACUAUUCUAUGAAAUAUGAGGAUUAUUUUUCCCUGAAUGACUGAUGUAAGUUAAUCGAAGAACAGUUUUCUUUGUACAAAAAUCUGCUGAACUUUUGCUCAGAGGUGCUUGAUGGGUGGGUUGGUGACUGCUGCUGAGAUCUUACUGGUGUUUGGAGACAUGCUUUAUCAGCCUAAGCACUCUUAUAACAAAUCCCUGCCCUGGUCUGUUGUACAGUAGAGUACUUUACCUAUAUCAAAUUAUUGUCUUCCUGUUGAUCAUUAA